CAGAAAUGUGCAGAGUUGUGCCUUGCCUCCAGCCACUGGCAGCCAGUACUCUUCGGUGCUGGAGGGACGCAGCUCCACACUGUCGCACCAAAUUAAAGGUCCCUCCCUUUAAUUUAACUGUGACGUUAUUGGGCCGUUAUUAAAGGAUACAUUAGCUUACGCGUGGCGUACAUGUCAAGGAAGGAGAGGGAUAGGGAGAAGAAUACGAGGAAAUAAUCACGCUACUUGAAGAGCUUUUAUUUAAGAGACUCUGCAACUAAAAGAUCUCCAGGAGUGGAGUCGACGUGGAUACAGAAUACAGAAUACAGAAUAACCUCAAGGCUGACAGCUGUCGCUGCACCAACAGAUGGAGAUGGUCUGGAUAGUUCUGUGUCUUCAGCUCCUGCUCUGCCAGACAUGGACCCUGUCUUCACACCACCACUUAGACCAUAUGCUCAAUGCUCAAACAGCCCUCAGGUCCUUGGAUGAGCCAAUGAUGUUUGACCCCUGCUGUCUCCUGGCUCCUCCCCCACCCCCACUCUUCCCUCCACCCUCCCUGCUCUGGAAGCGAGGGACUACGGUUGACUACCCAGUGAAAGAGGGAGGAGGAGGAGGAGGAGGAGGAGGAGUAGAGGAGGAGGAAGAGCAGAGGUAUAAACAUCUGCCUGUGAUCCAUGGAUGUAAACCAGGACCCCAGGGACCCAAGGGACCCCCAGGACCAGAGGGUCCCAGUGGAAUGCCAGGAAUUAGUGGACCAAAGGGAGACAAGGGAGAGAUCGGACGACCAGGGUCAAAGGGGCGUACUGGUCCUCCUGGGUUACCAGGGAGACAGGGACCAGCCGGAUGGCCCGGUCCAGAGGGACCCAAGGGAGAGAAAGGAGAGCUGGGGCUGAUGGGUCUGCCGGGGCUAAGAGGACCACCUGGAACCAAGGGUCUUCCUGGUUAUAAAGGAGAGAAGGGGUCUCGUGGUAAUUCAGGCGUUUUAGGACCAAAGGGCAACAAGGGCUCCGUAGGUCUCUCUGGGAUGUUGGGACAGAAGGGUGCGAUGGGAUCGAAGGGAGACCCAGGAAUUUCAGGAAAGAGAGGACCAACUGGCCGACCUGGGAAGAGAGGACAACAUGGUAUGAAGGGUCAGGGUGGAACCCCAGGUCCAAUGGGUCCUACAGGUCCUGCUGGUCCCUCUGGUCAUCCUGGACCCCCUGGACUACCUGCCUCAGGCCUGUACCUGGUAGGGGAGAAGGGAGAUAAGGGUGUAGCGGGAUCUCCAGGUGUCUGUGACUGUAACACCUACGGUGGUAACACCCCUGUGGGAGUCAACACCCCACACUACGGCAGUUACACCCAACGAGGCAACUUCCACAAAGUCCCCGUGAUCUUUGUAGUGGACAGUGAGGAGGAGUUGGAUCGUCUCCACACGGUCAACGCCAUCGCCUUCAGGAAGGACCAGAGGUCUCUCUACUUCAAAGACAAGGAUGGCUGGCAGCCCAUACAGUCCUUCCAGGCUCUCCAGUCGACAGAGAAGGUUCCGGAGCGGGUGGGUGUGUGUGGGGACGGACUGGUGCAGAACGGAGAGGAGUGUGAUGAUGGAAACAACGUCGUCACAGAUGCCUGUCUCAAUUGUAUUUGGGCGUACUGUGGAGAUGGAUAUCGUCAUGAGGGCCUGGAGGAGUGUGAUGGAAAAGACUUCGGUUACCAGACCUGCACAUCAUAUCUCCCUGGGUCUUUUGGCCAUCUCAGAUGUACUGGGUCCUGUUCCAUCGAUUCUACUGGUUGCAAAUACUUCACCUGAGCCAAUGAGAAGAUGGCAGCAUUGCAGUAUUACCAAUUGUGAUUGGUCCACCUUCAGCGAGCCUCUCCUUGUUGUGGUCUACACUUCAGCUCUGUUCUGGAGUAUUCCGUAAAGAAGAUUAGAAAUGUCUGCUGUCCUUUUCAAAGCAGAGGAGGGGGGGGGGGUGGGGGGGGGGAGGACCGUAGCUCCAAUAUGACAGACUGUGUGUACCUAUGAAAAACGAAAACAUUUUUCCUCUAAGCUACUAUUGGGGGACAGCUUUGGCCACGGGAGACCCCUUGUAUUCUGUCUGGACGGGGUGUGGCUCGCAUGACUAUGGCUGUGUGACUGUUCUCGUAGGCUCUACGCUGAUACCUCUGGCUGUAGCACUGUUAAAGGAAUGUUAAAAAAAAACACUGACAGGAAGUUAUACAGGAAGUUAUACAGGAAGUUAUACAGUAUGAUUGUAAUGUGUAUAAGCUAAAAUAUCGCAGUAAAGUUAAGCUUGAUUUUUUUUCAACAUCCAUUUGACAUGCGUCUCGACAACAAAACAAAACAAAACAAACAACAAAAUGUGUUUUAACCAUGUCCAGCACGUAGCUAUAGCAACCUCGGACCGCUUGUAAUGAAUUUAGACGUGAUAGUCAAAUGUGACGGAGCCGUUGACUGUUCAUUCAAUGAUGGUCUCUUUUACCAGUCCUCUGCAGAGUGAGUAAAGAUGCACUCUGUCACUUUAGCUUCCUCACUACGCACUGAAAUAAUUACAGGUGCAAAAGUUGGAAGCAAAUAAAGCUAUUGAGAGCCAAAGCUAUUGUUGGAACCAUU